UACAAUAUUUUUUGAUAAAAACUUAUUCGCAAUAAAAUAUUUGCCACAAAUGUUUAGUCAAAACUUAGCGCUCAUAUUCUUGUAUGUCGUAAAUGGCAUCAGUUGUCAGUAUCAGAGACAACACAUAUUUGACAAUUCGAUGGACACCAGGCAUGACAAACAGCCCACCGGCGGACAUAUGGUCAUCAAUCCGGGCAAACAUACCUAUGGCCGCAGUUACGGACUGCCCGCUCCCACCCCUCACGCAUCUAACGAGCACUCGGGCCAUCAGCACCGACUGUCACCAAAAUCCCAAUCGUCGACAAUUGUUCCCGCAGUUGAUAACCAAAUGGCAUACAUUUCGGUGAUAACUGUUUUAUUGAUAAAGUUAUUUUCGUGA